UCCGAUCGUCGUCGCGCGGCGCGGCGCGACGCGGAGCGUACACCUUCGUUCCCGCGUCUCGGAAACGAGCGGCCGAGUCCUGGCCUCGGGAUCAAAGAUUAAGAAAAGGCCCGGACACGAGCGAAUCGAGAACAGAACGACCGUCGCUCAUCCGCUCGUUUUCCAGACGCGGGAACGGGAGGAAGCGGGUCAGCUUCGCGAGUCAUAGUCGUUAGUCGCGCGUGUGUUGCCGACGGUCAGGACGCGAAUCGUGAUGUACGACGAUUCCAUCUACGGGGAAGCCUACGAGAUCGCGGCGGCUACAACGUUGCAGCACUCUUGCGAAAGUACCUUGCGAUCAUGACCGCGACGUCGGUGACGAGCCUGACGGUGAAUACCCGGGUGUACGAGGGCCAAAAGCCGGGUACCUCAGGUCUACGAAAAGCCGUCAAGGUCUUCCAACAAGAGCACUAUACAGAGAACUUCGUGCAGGCGACACUGCAUGCCCUGGGCGAUCAGCUGACCGGCUGCACCCUCGUCGUCGGCGGUGACGGACGAUUUUACGUGAGGGAAGCGGUGACGAAAAUCAUCCGAAUCGCUGCGGCAAACGGGGUGAGAAAGUUAAUAGUUGGACAAAAUGGCAUUCUCUCGACGCCAGCAGUGUCGACUAUAAUACGAAAGUAUAAAACGCAAGGAGGGAUCGUUUUAACUGCGUCGCACAAUCCUGGUGGUCCUGAUGCCGACUUUGGCAUUAAAUUUAAUUGCGACAAUGGCGGCCCGGCUCCAGACAACGUAACGAAUAAAAUCUAUGAGAUUACUAAAACGCUCCAAAGUUAUAAAAUUAUUCCUGAUAUUAGUAUAGAUAUUGACAAAGUGCAGAGUGUCUCUAUUGAAGUGGAUGGUAGACCAUUUAUUGUCGAUAUAAUUGAUUCUGUGAAGGAUUAUGUGGAAUUUAUGAAGGAAAUUUUUGAUUUUGCGAGUAUUAGAAAAUUAUUACAAGGUAGUGCAGAUAAGCCAGCAUUUAAAAUUCUCAUCAAUUCAAUGAAUGGAGUUACGGGACCGUACGUAAAGCAAAUAUUUAGCACUGAAUUAGGCGUUGAUGAAACUAGCUUAGUAAAUAUAAAGCCAUUAGAAGAUUUCGGUGGUUUACACCCCGAUCCAAAUUUAACUUAUGCCAAAGAUUUAGUUAAUGCUAUAAAGGAAGGACCGUAUGACUUUGGUGCGGCUUUUGAUGGAGACGGAGACAGAAAUAUGAUUUUGGGCAAGAAAGCCUUCUUCGUUACUCCUUCCGAUUCCUUAGCAGUGUUAGCUGCUAAUCUAAAAUUAAUUCCGUAUUUUCAAAAGACUGGUGUUAAAGGAUAUGCUAGAUCAAUGCCAACGGCUGCGGCUAUCGAUAGAGUCGCUGUUAAAAAUGGGGUAAAAUUCUUCGAAGUUCCUACUGGAUGGAAAUAUUUCGGAAACCUAAUGGAUGCUGGAAAUCUAUCAUUGUGUGGAGAGGAAAGUUUUGGUACCGGUUCCGAUCAUAUUCGUGAGAAGGAUGGAGUAUGGGCAUGUUUAGCCUGGCUCAAUGUGAUCGCAGGACUAGGAAAAUCUGUGGAAAAUAUUUUAUUGGAUCAUUGGAAAGUUUAUGGAAGAAAUUUCUUUACUAGGUAUGAUUAUGAAAACUGCGAUUCCGCAUGCGCAGAUAAAAUGAUGCAAAGCAUUGAAACCCUAGUUGAAAAGCCAGAUUUUAUCGGUAAACAGUUGCAGUACGAAGGUAAAGAGUAUAUUGUUAAGCAGGUGGAUAAUUAUUCCUAUACGGAUUCUGUUGAUGGUAGCAAAGCUACGAAACAGGGAUUACGGAUAUUGUUUGCGGAUGGCUCCCGCAUCGUAUUCCGUUUAUCCGGAACAGGAAGUUCUGGUGCCACUAUCCGUAUGUAUAUCGAUAGUUAUGAGAAUGAUCCAGUUACUUUCGAAAAAGACGCACAACUUGUUUUAAAACCUUUAAUUAAUAUCGCAUUAGAAUUAAGCGAACUUUGUCAACAUACUGGUCGCAACGCGCCUACUGUGAUUACAUAAAAGUUCGCUCCUUACGUUCUUGCGUUGCAAAACUGUCUUAGAAACACAAUAACAAUUUAUAAACUCGCGAUAUUAAAAUAAUAAAAAUAAAUAAAAAAGGGGAAAUGAGAGUCACGCACAGUUGUCAGUGUACAAAUUAUCAAAUGUAGGUAAUUAUUAGAAAUUCAUUUAUUUUAUUUCAAACGUUUUGGCUCAUCUUCAGGUCAUUAUCAGUGAAUAUUGUCGACAUUUAAGGGGAUCUUAAAGCGAAGCUCGAACUCCGAUGAAGUCACCAGAAGUCGUGCUGCGCAUCGAUAUGUUUUUAUAUACACAUCAAUAUUUCAUGCACCUAUGAUACACGCAGUCGAACAUUCGUGUCAAUUUUCGUAUAACAAAUUCGUUGCAAUAAAGCGUCUAAGUCUAAUUCUAAGAACUCGACAUUAGUUGUUCGUGUAAACUACGUGUCUGGAAAUCAUUAUUUCGUACGUACAGGUUGCAAAACAUUAAUUCCAAGCAAAUGUUCAUGACUUGACAACUGAGAUGCCAUAUUUCACUAAAAAAUAUAUCAAUUUUGAAAUUUUUGAUCGUUCUCGACAUAGAUUCAACUUCCCAAAUACGUAUUAAUGCAUAUACUUUAAUCUUGAAAAAGAAUUUUCGAAUCGGUGAAAGAGAAAAAAAGUAUUUGUUAUACAAAAAUUACAUGAUUUAAUCGGCAAAAUAGGAAGCUUUAAAAUCCCCUUAAACUUUGAAGGAUAUUUCUAAUUUCAACUGAAUAAUUCGAAUACAUCACUGGCAGAUGAGUGUUUUUCUCGUAUUUUAAGUGUAACGCAAGCGAAUUUAUUAUACAAUCAGAAUAGGAAAAUAUGGAAUUAUAUGAUUCGAUACUGUAUAAUUUAAUUAAGAUUGUAACUUGGACUUUUCUA